AUGGCAGGCAAGAAAGGAGCAGGCGAGAACUCCAAGAAGGCCGCCGGCAACGCCCGGAAGGCCGAAGCCGCCGCCGGCAAGAAGGCCGUCGAGGACGCCAAGCGCGCCGCCGAGGAAGACAAGCAGUGGUCGAAGGGCGCGAAGAGCAACGCCAAGAAAGAGGACGCCGAAUCCAAAAAGGCUGAUGCCGCACGCAAGAAGGCCGAGCGCGACGCGCUCCUAGCCGAGGAGGAAGCCUCCCAGCCGGCGAAGGGCAAGGGCGCGAACGCGAAGCAAGCGACGAAGAAGACGCGCGGCCUGGACCUGUCGCAGCUGGACGACACGCCUGCGUCCAAGAAGGGCUCGUCGCUCAACGCCACGGGUAUCGACAACGCGCUGGACGCGCUGAGCCUGACGAAUAAGGACACCUCGAAGAUCGACCGCCACCCGGAGCGUCGGUACAAGGCGGCGUAUGCAGCCUUCGAGGCCCGGCGCAUGCCGGAGGUCGAGGAGGAGCAUCCCGGUCUGCGGAGACAGCAGCGCAUCGAGCUGGUUAAGAAGGAGUUUGAGAAGAGUGAUGAGAACCCGUUCAACCAGGCUCAUGUGGCGUUUGAUGCGACGAGGGAUGAGAUUGCGAAUGUGAGGGAUGCGGAGAGGAAGAAGGUUGAGGCGAGACUGGGGAAAUAAGUGGAUCAGUUCGAUCGAUGAAUCAGGGAGAUUGAUCUAUCCGAUGGGAAGGACCUUCGUGAUGCCGUCAGGUUUGUCCGGAGCCAGGCUGUCAGUCUGUUGAUAUACCCUAUGUGUGUUUGGCUCUUGGACUUUAUUACAGGUGUGAUGUGAUGUGAUAUUUCAUGGGAUUGACGAGGCUACGGCAUAUGACCAGUUUGACGGAGUAAAUAUAGAUUAAGGCAGGUUUCAGACUGUUGUCUGCCUUUCGUGAC